CUCCCUGCCGCGCUCUGGGGUCGGCGCUGUGAGGGCUCUGUGUGCGGCUUCCGGUCGGGGCUGUUCUGGUCACCCGCGCUUCGUCCCGGCGCGGCGACCUCGGUGCUGGCCUCGCCUGGCCGGCGACUGGAGGCUCCAGGGGGUCUGCAAAGGGCUGUUCUGAGGGGCGCCGUGGGGCUCUCCAUGCCCCAUUUCUCUAUGCUGUCAGCUGACUUUUUCUGCCCUGCGUCUGUCUCAUCGCUGUAUAAAGGAGUUCUGAGAGAAUCUACAGACUGAAGACAGUGCAGGUGGAAGGUUUCUCAGCUUCUUGUCCUCAUACUACUAAACUUAUUCCAAACUAAAGAUGCAUCCAGACCUGUCUCCUCAUCUGCACACUGAAGAAUGUAACCUAAUUAUCAGUAUGCUCAAGAAGUGUCACAAGGAGCACAACAUUUUGAAAUUUUUUGGCCAUUGCAAUGAUAUUGACCGUGAGAUGCGGAAGUGCUUAAAGAAAGAGUAUGAAGAAAACAGAGCCAGGAACCAGGAGAAGCGACGGAAGCUAAUUAAUGCUCACAAAAACUCAGAGAAGUGAGCUGUACUGUAGGUGGACAGCUGCAUCUCAAUAGAGACACUUGUUUGAAAGCUGACAGAAUUCUUUCACAUCACCAAUGCUCAGCCUGUGGUUUGUGAAGAGGUGAAAAAAUACAUGCAUCUGAUACAUAAUCAUUCCCAGCAAGGCAAACAAUGUGGAGGAAAAUAAAUAUAAUAAAUUGUCACUCACAACUUAACUUUUGACCUCUAAAAGAAAACUAUGAUGGCAAGUCUGUGUUUUGUUAUGAUUGUUAAGUAAUGAGGAAUCCAUAUGUGUGGAGUAUUAUGUAUUCCAGGCUGCCGUAUUCCCUACCUUGUGUUGAAUUGCAAUUAUUUCUCUGUUUAGCAGUUUUUCUUUCAUCUCUUGGGUUUUUUGCCUUCUUGCAAAACACUGAGUGACUUUUCCAUCACUCUUUGUAAUGUUGUGAUAACACUGCUUAAAUGAAUUAGCAAAAAGAAAUUUUAAACAGAUGUGGCUUCAAAUUGGAAAUUGCCUAUCAAGUAAUAAUAGGAGUCCUAGUAUUUUUAUUGGAGCUAAAAUGAUGGAACUCCAUCUUCCGCUAAGAAGAUUAAAAAUCCUUCCUGCCAACCAUAUGUACAGUGUAGACUGUUGUAAGACAAUUUGUUCAUCAUACCCAAAGCAAGUGGCUUUAGAAAUUCGGAAUGGAAACUUUCCAGGAAUUUACAGAGCAUUGCCUUGAUUUUUGUUGAGUAUAAUCAAUGUGUGCUGAGUGAUUUUUGAAGAGGAGUGCUGCCAAAAAUACAAGCGAAGCAGUCCUUCCACAUAUGCUGGUACAAUAGUGAAGUAAAAUUAUGGCUAUUGCUUUUACAGGAAAGCUCACGUUGAAAUGAAAGAAAGUUUAACUUGCCUUUCUGUUAUGCAAGUCAACUUGUAUCAUGUUAACCAAGCUGCCUUAUUAGUGGCAAGAGCUGUUUAUUUGCUGUGAAACUGCAGAGUCCUCAUUGAGUCUCUAAAUUCAGAAGAUUUUACAUUAAAACUUGUUGGUUUGUGCAGUGAUGGAACUGCUUCUCUGUGUGUCUGCUGGGUUUGCCUUAUUUUUAAAUGACACUUCUCUCUAGCAACAAAAGACUAAUUAAAAAAAUAAUUUAUUGAGCCAAAUAUAUGAACUGUUUUGAAACCUUUUGAAGAAGGGAUGUCUAUUCUACAGCGAAUUCUACAGUUUGUUGUAAGAAUCAGCAUCAACACUCAGUCUUGGAACUAGUUACAUGCCAUGUUUUAGGAAGAAUGCUGUGUUUUGUCCUCUAUUUUGAAAGAUUAAUUCUAGAAUAAUUGCACUUAUUUUCAAUGCCUGAUGGACCCAGUUAAACUGUUAAAACUUAACCACAAAUGUUCUCAGUGAAAGUUCUGAGAAAGACUGAAGCAGUUGUUUCUGCAUCUUUUGACACACUCUGCUUUCUUAGAAGAAGUAAAUUAUGCAUUAUUUGAAUUAAAUACUUGAGUGGGUAGAAGUGGUGCAGUCCUUUUCUUGUUACUCUUCAGAAUACUUUUGAAGAGUACUUUAUAGUGGAGUUCCCUAACUGGGAACUCUACAUCCUUGAUCCUUCUUCCAUCUGUGAUGACAAAAUCUACUUCAGGCAAGCUUUUAAAUAGGAUUGAUUUGGUGAUGCUUGUAGUCUUUAAGUAAAUACACUGAGAAUUGUCUUGCAGAUUUGGUUGAGAAGCUGAUAUGUGAGUGCAGAAGAGCUGAAGCCUUUUUUCAUCGGCUUCAGUGAGUGCAGGUCUUUCACUAAAAUAGCAAUAAAAUAAGAAUCCAAGAGCAACGUAACACAGCUCAUUAGUUGGAAUCAUGCGUCCAAAGAUCAAUGUGCUUAAUGAAUGAAAGACCAAAUGGCAAGCACAAUUUCUGUUGAUACUUUGGACUACAUUUAGCAAUAAAUCUAUUUACAGGUAAACGUUAUUUAUCUAGCAAAAGUAUACUCAGUCAUCCUUCUGUUUCUCUUUGCUAAUUGCUCACUAGUAGUGUGAUAUGAUAUAGCCCAUUGAUUCCUGUGGGUUUAUUCCUUUUUUUUUUUUGAGAGGGGUCAUGUUGCUAAUUGGAUCGUGAAGCUGUGAAACACUAGUGUAAUAAUACUUAGAUUUAUCUGGCAGAGAAAGAGGGCAAGGGAGAAAUCGUAAAUGCAGGUUUUUUUGUUUCCUAAAGUGAGCUGAGUGGUGAGUAGGGGAUGUGUUGAGUGAAAUAAACCUUUUCUAUAAUGAUUUUGAAUAUACUUUAUUUAACAUCAUUUGUGUAAAGAAGCAUCUUCCUCAUUCUUCCUUCUGAAGGAGCAAACUUGAGAGAAGAAAAAAAGAAAUUUUAUGGAAUUUUCUGUUGCAUCAGAAGCUCAUUUGUGAGAAGCUCCUGGGCACUUCAUGUGGGAAAGUGAAGAAUGGGGAAAUAGAAGCAGGAAGGGCAAAUGGCAGCUCUAACACAGACCUGAUCAUAGCAGUGAGGAUUUUCUGUAUGAAAGCGCAACAAAAGUCUGCAGAAUAGAUGGACAGAGGAGCACAGAGCAAGGAGUGAGAACUCUCCAGCUAAAUCCCUGCAGCUCUAUAGGAAACAGCUGGUUACACUAUUGGUAGUGUACUUUCUCUUGCUGGGAAAUGAAAUGCUGUUAUCUUGGUUUUGUUUCUUUUUCUACUAGGAAGAAUAUUAACUAUUCCAGCCAAAACCAAGACAGAAGUGCAGUCUUCAUACACAUUCCACAGGCAUGAUUGAUAUGAAUAUCUAUUACUGAAAUACGCAGCUGAAAAGUUAGUUCUGCCUAAUGUAAUUGUGAAUCAUUGUAAUGAAUAUUUCCCGUGUGUUAAUACACUUUGCUACAGCUCUACACCACAUGAAUAAGUGUCUUCAACAGUCAGGCACUUCUUAAUGUUGGCACUGCCUGUGCUUCAGAAGAAUGCAUGGUAUCUACUAUAAAAUAGUUCUGAUAUAGAUGAAAUGCAUUUUUGUGGAAUGCCUAAAAUGACACAAACAACAGGAAGACUAUGAUAUUGGAAUCUGACUGCUUAAUUGAAAAUCAAUUAUUAACACUUCUGUUUAAGCAAAGGUAAUUCUCUUCCUGGACAACAUAAUAGGCUUUAGAAUGUAGACUUAAGUUACACAUUCAGUUUUACUAACAUUCACUAAGAAGGAGUAAUGUAGCAAAUCUUAGUGGUUCCACUAAUUUUUUUACAGAGACUUUCAUUUGUAAUUUGCUAAUUCUAAUUCUGCUUGGCCUAAACAGGAAGAACCUGAUGAAGCUAAUAGUCUGUCCUCUUUCGUAGAGGUGUUUGUAUCACUCAAGAUAAAUAGGCAUGUGGUGUAACAGAGGCUCACUAGUAACUAUGAUGCUAAUCAACAAUGUGCUUUAUGGCAAAGGAAGGUCUACUAAUCAAAACUUCUAAGUGAAUGCUAAUUCACAUCAGGUUCCCCAUACACAUUUAAAUUUCUGUGUACCAAAAAUAUCACAAUGGGAACAAAAAUAUAUAUUUAGCCUAAAAGUAGUUCUUGUGAAUAGUCAUGCUUUUAAUUGUUCCUUUGAACUGUUUGGUGAGAUUUUAAAGUCUGGGAACUUUGAUAUGAAGCCAACAUGUUAACCAGCAAGACUAUUACUAUUUUUAACAUAGAACCCUCGA